CUGCGCAGCUCACGGCGAGGCUCCAGGUGGUGUCCACCCUGCACCUCCCCGACCAGGUGAACCACUCCGGGGCAGAGGGAGGAGACCAAGCAGAGUGUGGGCGCCUGCUUCCGGCCACGUGGUUAUGCUCACGGCCAAUGGAAAACCUUGACGUCACCCUCGCUUCCUCACCCUGGCAACGGGUGGGUGACUACUUCCGGUGCUGUGAGGGCUCGGGGCUGACGCGGAGUAAUUCCUCUCCUGCUGUGCUUUUGGAUGGAAGUAUGCUCUUUUCCCAGUAGAAGAUGGUGAUCUUGGAGAAUGACCAUGGAGAAGGGGAUGAGUUCUGGAGAAGGACUACCUUCCAGAUCAUCUCAGGUUUCGGCUGUUAAAAUAACAGCUAAAGAGUUGGAAACAAAGCAGCCCCAUAAAGAGAAGCGAGGGGGCUUUGUGUUGGUGCAUGCAGGUGCAGGUUAUCAUUCUGAAUCCAAAGCCAAGGAAUAUAAACACGUAUGCAAACGAGCUUGUCAGAAGGCAAUUGAAAAGCUACAGGCUGGUGCCCUUGCAACAGAUGCAGUGACUGCAGCCCUCGUGGAACUUGAGGAUUCUCCUUUUACAAAUGCAGGAAUGGGAUCUAAUCUAAAUCUCCUGGGUGAAAUUGAGUGUGAUGCCAGCAUAAUGGAUGGAAAAUCCCUGAAUUUUGGAGCUGUUGGAGCACUGAGUGGAAUCAAGAACCCAGUCUCAGUUGCAAACAGACUCUUGUGUGAAGGGCAGAAGGGCAAGCUCUCAGCCGGCCGAAUUCCUCCCUGCUUUUUAGUUGGAGAAGGAGCCUACAGAUGGGCAGUAGAUCAUGGAAUACCCUCUUGCCCUCCUAACAUCAUGACCACAAGAUUCAGUUUAGCUGCAUUUAAAAGAAACAAGAGGAAACUAGAGCUGGCAGAAAGGGUGGAAACAGAUUUCAUUCAACUAAAGAAAAGAAGACAAUCAAGUGAAAAGGAGAAUGACUCAGGCACUUUGGACACGGUGGGCGCUGUGGUCGUGGACCAUGAAGGGAACGUGGCUGCCGCCGUCUCCAGUGGAGGCUUGGCCUUGAAACAUCCAGGGAGAGUGGGGCAGGCUGCUCUUUAUGGAUGUGGCUGCUGGGCUGAAAAUACUGGAGCUCAUAAUCCCUACUCCACAGCUGUGAGUACCUCAGGAUGUGGAGAGCAUCUUGUGCGCACCAUACUGGCUAGAGAAUGUUCACACGCUUUACAAGCUGAAGAUGCCCACCAAGCUCUGCUGGAAACUAUGCAAAACAAGUUUAUCGGCUCACCUUUCCUGGCCAGCGAAGACGGCGUGCUCGGAGGAGUGAUUGUCCUCCGAUCCUGCAGAUGCUCUGCAGAGCCUAACUCCUCCCCAAAUAAGCAGACGCUUCUGGUGGAAUUUCUGUGGAGCCACACGACGGAGAGCAUGUGUGUUGGAUAUAUGUCAGCCCAGGAUGGGAAGGCCAAGACUCACAUUUCCAGACUCCCUCCCGGUGCGGUAGCCGGACAGUCCGUGGCGAUUGAAGGUGGGGUCUGCCGCCUGGAGAGCCCAGUGAGCUGAACCUUCAGGCUGAACACAGAGCAUCUGAGCGGCAUUUCAGAACCCAAGCUUCGCAGGGUUUUAACCGAAGUUGGAUGUUUUAUCUUCCUCGUUUUAUAAUUCCUGUCACAGCCUCGUGCAUCGCUCGCGACACUAGUGCUGCUGUAGUUAGCGCUUGGUGACACGCGCGUCUUGGGCAGAUGAGCGGGACUCUGUGUGUGUGCGUGCGUGCGUAUGCGUGCGCCCUUGCGCACGUGCAGUGCGUAUGCUUGCUUCUCCUUCGAUGAAAUAGAAACUCCUCCUUAUUGUGUAACCUCAGUCCAAGAAUGAUUAAAUCAUCUUCCCAAAAUGUGUCUUUAACUGUUUACAAGUAAAACCUAAAGUUGCAGGGAACAUUGUUGAUUUCACGAAGAGGUACCAACUGUCUUUGAUAUAACAUGUCGGAACUGCAAUCUACUUGUUGAAAUGACUGACAGUGGCCAUGCUCCAUAUGAUAACAGUGCUAGUAACAAAGUGUUUUUAUUUGUUAGCCAGUUUAAGUGGAUCCUAUGGUAACUUAAACUGUUGUUCUCAUCCCUCAUAUGGGGCAUUUUUCUUUAACAAAGAAUGGUUUCAGUGAAACAAUCUAGCAGAGAAUUAAGGUCAGAACCUUUUUAAGUAAUAGUCUUAUUGAUAAAGUUUGUACUUCUUUCCUCAAGCUUUUCUAAGCUUAAAUACUGCAUAGCUUCGAGCUGUGUGUACUAUAUUAUGAAAGAAUAUGUAAAGAGAACAUACAGUAAUGCACAGUCCUUAAUUUGUGUAUAAUGGAAUGUUAUUUACAAUGUAACACUGUAAAUAAGAAAGCAAAAUUUAUGGGAAAAUUCAAUAUUAUCUUUGUUUCUUGUUUAAAUAUAUUUUUAAGAUAAAGGAACAAAAAUAAAAGAAACAUAUUACUGGGUAUAGUGUGUGACUCCUCUUCUCAGACUAAUAAAUUAUCUUUUGAAUCGUA